AUCAUUGAAGCUCAUUGAAACUAAACAAACCGAGUCAGAAAGCGUAGAGAAAAAUGCAUGAAUAAUUUAAUACCGCAGAUAAGAUGUGAGAGCGAGUCGGUGGGAUGAUGGUCAGUUGAUUUUGAAUGCUAAAGGUGAGAGGAUCUCCGCUCGUAUUCAACAAAUUCUUAAAUUUACUCAYAAAAAGCCUUCAGGGAGAAAGACCGASAAAGACMAAGCCAUGAUCGAAGAAAGUUUAACGAGAGACAGAAAGGACGCACUUAGCAAGAUUAAAGAUCACGUCUUGACAAUUUUAUUGCGCAAGGAUGCCCUGAAACUUUGCCAUCGAGACGAACUGAGAAAAACAUCGUCAGAGGCGAGUUUGAACUCGACUUUCUCCAAUGAUUCUAUCAUAUCUGCGUGCAGUGAGAGAAGUCAYAUUGUAAAGUCAAACCCGUUUGGUAGUCCAAUGCUACCUCGCUUAAUUCGAAGAUUCUCGCCCAGACACGUUAAAGUUCAGCGAAUUCGGUCAAUCGAUAGAAACCACUCUUUUACUCUAAAACCAGCGCUUCGAAGGGAAACUUCAUUUGGUGGUUCAAAUUCUGACGCGGAAUCUGAUUCUGCUACGUCUUCUCCGCAACUUGGAAAGCGCGUUACCUUCUCAAAAUAUGCCCUGUUACUUGCUGCAGCGGCUGACAACUCAGUUGACGAGUUAAGGGCUUUAUUAGACAAAGAUCCUUCUUAUAUAAAUAAACCAAGCUCUUCGGGACAAACUCCGCUUCACAAAGCAGCGCUAAAUGGCCACGAAGACUGYGUUAAGUUACUAAUAGAGCGAGGAGCAGACGUMAAUUUUGCUGAUAAGCAAGGAAGAACUCCAAUGUUUCUUGCUUGGGAAAAAGAGCAUAAAGAGUGCUUUAAACUUAUGCUAUUAGCAUCUAAAGAGAGCUUAAGUAAAGAAUCUAAAAACAUUUCAUUGUAGAACUUGUAAUAAAUACAUAUGGAGUGAGAAAUUGGCUUAUAAAGAAACAGUACCAAAAUUCAGGAAAACGAAACGUUUUUUUUCACAUCUUUUGCUUACAAACCAACCAUGGCUAAUUAGAAAGAAUAUUGAAAAGCUAUUGUUUACUUUUCGGGGAGCUUUUAUAUAUAUUUUAGUUUUUCUUACUAGGAAUUAGCAGAGUAUUAUGGASAUGAAUUAUUUAUCAUGAUUUUAGCUGAAUUUGUGUAUAUUUUAUAUUUUGUUAUUGCUUAAUCACUAUUCAUCUUAACCGAACUGCGAGACUCCAUCUACAUGUCUGAAACAACAAGAACAUCUUCAAUAUUAUAUGGAAUUUUGAUUGCAUUCAACCGAGAAACAAAAACAUUAACAUUCAAUUAUAUUAAUUUCUAACGAAAAAUAUACACUAUAUUUUGGAUAAAUUGAGUAAAAACAUUUAAUUGAUAACUAUAGUACAAAAAUUUUAGCUUUAAGACUUAUUAUUAAGAAAAAUAUUACACAGAUUAUUAACAAUAAAUUUUCAUCGUC